AUGUCAGCGCUCCGUACGGAGGCUCCGCAGCCCGUGCCCGGUGUGCAGAUAAAAGGCAGGCAGCACGUCUGUGCCGGGGGUUUAACGUCCCGACACACCAGCGGGAUCCCACGUGCCGUGUGGGUUUGGCCCGCCCAGAGCUGCAAGUCGAGUUUCCCUCCCCAUGUAAAUCCCAAAAGGAUCCUGAGAGGUUUCGGAAGGCUGACAGCGUCGCUGCUUUCGUGCUUUUCUGCAGGGCCUGCCCAGUCGGGAAUCCUCACGGACCGGGAGGUGGUGAGCCUGUUCCUCCACUUCACCGUGAACCCGAAGCCGCGGGUGGAGUUCAUCGACAGACCGCGCUGCUGCCUGCGCGGGAAGGAGUGCAGCAUCAGCCGAUUCCAGCAGGUGGAGAGCCGCUGGGGGUACAGUGGGACUAGUGACAGGAUAAGGUUCUCAGUAAACAAAAGGAUAUUUGUAGUUGGGUUUGGAUUGUAUGGAUCCAUACACGGGCCAACGGAUUACCAAGUCAAUAUACAGAUCAUCCACACGGACAGCAACACGGUGCUGGGGCAGAACGACACGGGGUUCAGCUGUGACGGAUCGUCGAACACUUUCCGAGUCAUGUUCAAGGAGCCUGUUGAGAUUUUACCCAACGUCAACUACACAGCGUGUGCUACUCUCAAGGGUCCAGAUUCCCACUACGGAACCAAAGGACUGCGCAAAGUGAUCCACGAGUCGCCAACAACGGGAGCCAAAACCUGCUUUACGUUCUGUUACGCGGCCGGGAACAACAACGGCACUUCGGUGGAGGAUGGACAAAUCCCAGAGAUCAUCUUCUACACAUAGUGCAGC